AUGAUCACAACUCUCCAACAAGGCCUUGGCAAAUUCGAUGCCGACCUCGAGAGGCUCAGAGGCAAUCCCCAGAGGCUUGAACAUGAACGCUCCAGAUUCAACAAGACCCCAGAGGGAACGCCGCCUCAAUCCGGUGCAACUACAGUGCUCACUUGCUCACCUCCUCCCGAGGUAGAGGGGGCGGAGUGGAAUCCACCCAAUUUCUCUUGGGAGGCUGAAGUGAGCAUGAACCGCAACGCCUCAAAACCAUACCGUAUGAUCUACAUGCUGGAGGAGAUUGAUAGGGAGCGCUUUCGUUCGCUCCGAAGUAUAUAUCGGUGCCCAGCUGAGUCUGCUCCCCUGGAUGAUCCUUUCAAGAUCAACGAGAUCAUCGACCUGAAUAUCCGACAACGGUGGAUCGACCAGGGUGUCUGGCACAGUUCCUGGGUUCUCGAUGAACAAAACUGCCAACUCGGAUACGCCUGGAGGCACGAGGCUGCUUUCGAAGGUGAUCCUUUCGACGAUCCGGAAAAUCUGAAAACAGACGAGCAGAAGGCCACUGAGCUUGAUGCAUCUCGCCCUUUGAACCAGUUCCUGUAUGAAGUACGCAGAGAACAAGAAUGGUACGAGGAGUGUCGCAAAGCCGGAGCGGACAACGUACCUACCACGCAAAGCGAGAUUGAAAGCCGCUCGUACAACGCCAUCGUCCGGCGAUGGAAGCACUACCAUAUCUGGGACUCGAGAUGGGGCCGGCUGCCUGGUCCUGCAUGGAGACACGAGAUGCCCCUGGAGGAGCUGGUGAGGCAAAAGCUCGAGGACAACCCCGCGCUUCAAUCGAUGACGAAUUAUGAGCGGAUAAGUAUUGAUAGCAAACGGUCAAACGACUCCGACAGGAAGCCAGAGAACGAAAUUAUAUUCAAACCGGAGCGCGCGGAAAAGCCAAAGGAGCCACGCCGGCCCUACCCCGUUCGUCGGAGACCACAAAUGCCGCCGCCGAAAAAGUCCCUGUACACAAAGUACAAAGAAUUUCGGUCAAAUCUCCCAACCAAGUUUGGCUUUUACAAGACCCGAAAGAUCUCUGAUGAGCCAAGGGUUCCGAUCUGGAGAAUGAGUCUCAGGGGGUAUGAGCUUUGCUUCAACCGCACCGAGUUUUAUGACUAA